AGCUGGCAAGCUUUACUAUUAGUUGCUACCGUGUUUAAUGGUUAGGAGAAAUGAAAACAUUACUGUCAAGACAUGAUAAUAUAAAUAGCUAUCUAACAACAUUGCCUUUCGUAGUUUCAAUUCAUCAUAAAUAUUCUGACAAUUGGAAGAUCAAUGUCUGUUAUUUUAGUACUUGUGCUUCUGAGUCUUGCAACUUCUAACAUUGACUUCUGCAAUGGAAAUUUCGUUAAUGAGGGUUGCAUUGAGAGUGAAAAACAAGCCCUUUUCAUGUUCAAACAAGACUUACUAGAUAAUGCAAACCGUUUGGGCUCCUGGUCUCUUGAUGAAGAUUGCUGUGGAUGGGAUGGAGUUGUUUGUGACAAUGCGACUGGCCAUGUACUUGAGCUCCAUCUUAGAAACCCUCGACCAUAUCUUUGAUGAUUAUGGCAGUGCUGCUGAAUUUGAAGGAAGUGAGAGGUCAAAGUUUGGAGGUAAGAUGAACCCUUCUUUGCUCAUGUUGAAGCAUUUGAGUUAUUUGGACUUAAGCAACAAUGCAUUUGGAGGUAUUCCAAUUCCCAAAUUCUUGGGUUCUAUUGAGAGUUUAAGAUACCUUAGCCUCUCUAGAGCUGGGUUUGGAGGAUUAGUUCCUUAUCAACUUGGAAAUCUCUCAAGUUUACAGUAUCUUAAUCUUCAUGCCGAUAUUGAAGAUGAUCUGUCUGUUGCCAAUCUCCAAUGGUUGUCUGGUCUUUCCUUGUUAGAACACCUUAAUUUGGAUAACGUGAACCUUAGAAAGGCUUCCAAUUGGUUACAAGUGCUAAACACACUUCCUUCCUUGGAAAAACUAGUUUUGUCAAGUUGUCAACUUCCUCCUGUCCCUUCACCCACAAAUCUGAAUCUAUCCUCUCUUGCAAUUCUUGACCUUUCUUCAAAUUCUUUUGAGAAUCCUUCAGUCCUUAGCUGGAUAUUUCAUCUUACCAACUUAAUUUCCCUUGAUUUGAGUGUUAAUGAUUUGCAAGGAUGUAUAUAUGAUGGCCUUGAAAACAUGACUUCUCUUAGGCAUCUUGAUCUUUCAUUUAACUCUUUUAAUUCUUCAAUACCUGACUGGUUUUAUAAUCUUAAUUCUCUUCGGUUUCUAAACCUUGGCUCCAACAAGUUGCAUGGUGAAAUUUCAAGUGCUAUAGGAAACAUGACUUCUGCCAUUAGCCUUGACUUUUCAGGGAAUGAACUUGAAGGAAGGAUUCCAAGAUCAAUGGGGAAUCUUUGUAAAUUAAAGUAUAUCCUUUAUUCGGGUGUAAACUUGAGUCAAGAUAUAUCUGACAUCUUAGAAAUUUUGUCAGGAUGUGUUUCUAAACAACUUGAUUUACUGGAUUUAAGUAGAAGUCAACUGUUUGGUGAGUUAACCAAUCAACUUGGGAACUUCAAAAUUUUGGAGGAACUUUAUUUGUCUGGUAACUCAAUUUCCGGUCCCAUUCCAUUGUCCAUAGGAGAACUUUCGUCCUUGAGUGUUUUAGAACUUGAUCAGAACAAAUUGACAGGACAACUUCCCGAGUCCUUUGGGCAACUUGCAAAUUUGGAAAUAUUUAAUAUUUCUAAAAAUUUGUUAGCAGGUUUUGUUUCAGAAAUGCACCUUGGCAAUCUUGCAAAAUUGAAAGAAUUUGAUGUUUCUGACAAUCCUUUAACUUUAAAAACCAAUCCUGAUUGGAUUCCUCCUUUUGAACUAGAACACUUAGUAUUAAGGUCUUUGGAUGUAGGUUCCAAGUUUCCUUUGUGGCUUCGUUCACAAAAACAUUUAAGAUAUUUAGAUAUCUCUAACUGCGUGAUUUCUGAUAGCAUUCCCAGUUGGUUUCGGAAUUCAUUCUCCCACUUCCAUUAUGUCAAUCUCUCUAACAACCAAAUCCAUGGGCAGAUUCCUAGUAUACCUUGGAUUGCAUUUGGUGAUUCUGUCAUUGACCUUAGUUUCAAUAAUUUUACUGGUCCAUUACCUCAAAUCUCUUCCAAUCUGUCAUUUCUAGACCUCUCCAGUAAUUUUCUGUCAGGAUACCUUUUUGAUCUUUUAUGUUUUAAUUUGAAUCAAACCAUGGGAAUGGAAACUCUUAAUCUUGGUGAAAAUCGUUUGUCUGGGGAGAUACCAGCUUGUUGGAUGAAGUGGCAAAAUUUGAUGGUGAUAAGAUUAGAUAGCAACAACUUCACUGGAAGAAUUCCAAGCUCUUUGGGAACUUUAUAUUCUCUUCUAUCAUUGCAGUUGCAGAAAAACCACCUCUCUGGAGAAAUUCCAUCGUCACUACGAAAUUGCACUGGUUUAUUGCUACUUGAUUUUGGUCAGAAUGAGUUAUAUGGCCACAUCCCUGAAUGGAUAGGCCAUAGCUUUCGAGAGCUAACAGUCUUGAGCCUUCGUUCAAACAAGUUUUCAGGGCACAUACCAGAUCAAAUAUGUGCUGUUAGUUCUCUUCAAGUUUUGGACCUUGCUAAUAACAAUCUGGUUGGGAGCUUACCAGGAUGUUUAGGAGAGAUCCCCAAGGCAGUGACAAGUUUAUUCGAAUUGCAGUCAUUGAAUUUGUCACAUAAUCUUUUGACUGGAACAAUACCAAAAAGAAUUGGUGAGAUGAGAUCUCUAGAAUCUGUUGAUUUCUCUGUGAACAAGUUGUCUGGUUCAAUUCCUAAAAGCAUGUCAAAUUUAACAUUUUUGAGCCACAUGAACUUGUCUUACAACAAUUUGACCGGACAAAUUCCUUCCAGCACUCAGUUACAAAGCUUCGAUCAGUCAAGUUAUGUUGGCAACCAACUCUGUGGAUUGCCACUUCCGGAGAAGUGUUCUGACAAUGGUACAAUUCACAAUGCUGGAAAUGGAGGUGGCGAAAAUGGCUUCAGAUUUGAAACAGAUUGGUUCUAUUUAGGCAUGGCAUUUGGAUUUGUGAUUGGCUUUUGGAGUGUGUUUGGUCCUUUGGUUUUUGAUCGGCGAUGGAGGUCCAUGUAUACACUUUCGAGUUUUCAACCAAAUGUGGAAAAUCAGUAACUCUGUAAGUGUUUGUCUCUACACAAUUUCAACAUAUUAUAUUUAAGUACAAGUUAACUUUACAUGUUUCCACCACUGAAGUUUGUACAAUCACUCUGCUUAACAGAUGAACACUUGUUCUUUCUUUUGAACAAAGUUCUAACUGUUUUCAGAAUUCAGACCAAUUUUUUCUUUUCUUUUUUGUAUGACAGCAAAAAGUCUCGAUUUGGCUAGUUGUUUCAAACAAAAUUAAGCAGAGGAGUUGUUCAACUUUGAAGCCUCACAUUUCAAGGUCUGACUCAUGUACUAGAAAACUUCUGCACCAGAUUGUGGAAUAUAGAUUUAUACCCUUUUCAGAUCACUGCAAAUUUGUCUAUACUGUGAUUUUCAACGUGUAGAAUUACAGUUGUUUGUAGCAGAGUAACCAUGGUGUAAGUCAAUACUUAAUAGAGCAAGUCAUUUGCCCAUUUCCAUCCUCAGAUUCAAUUUCUGUUUUCCCAGUAAAGCAUUCUGAAAGUGAAAUAUGUAAACGACAAAUUUAAUGAUUGAAUAGAGUUUUUACAACAUCAAAUUGUAUACCACAUCCAAAUAAAGAUUGAACUUCAUUUUUGGUAAAAUGAAGUAAGCAUGAACUGAUGGAUUUCAAUAAUUGAAUUGAAACAAAAACAAUCUAAUAUUUCAACUUCACAAAAUUUCCACAGAAAAGAAAAAAAAAAAAAACAGUGAAGUAUUUAGUUUUGAAAUUACCUGAUAAAGCACCACUUUUUUGGCCUUUGGGACAAGAUCAAGUGUACAAAUUACUUGGUAAUGUAGGGUCAUGAAAUUUGUAGGAAAAAACCACUCUUGGCCAAGACAGUAAAUAGCAGAUAU